GCCAAGUGGAGGAGCCAUCCUUCAAGGAUACGACAAACGCAAUUCAACAACAUAAAAAUAUAAAGUAAACUCAUUGAUCAUCUUUAUUAAAUUCGGAUUCUGCACAGCUCUACAAAAACAGGAGGAACAUGUUAUUGGUCUUUCUAUUAUUAAUGGCUGGUGGAGAGACAAGUAAAACUGUGAACAUGUCGGUGACAGAGGGGGAUGCUGUCACUCUACAAUCUGAUCUUUCGGAAAUAUUGAAUGAUGAUACAGUAUUAUGGAUGUUUGGACCUAAAGACACUCUCAUAUCUCAAAUCCGAAGAGAGGAUGACCUGACCUCAUUUUUCGUCACCGAUGAUGUGGGAUUCAGAGGCAGAUUGCAGGUGGAUCAAAACACUGGCUCUCUCACCAUCAGAAACACCAGAAUCAGACACUCUGGACAAUAUAAACUAUCCUUCUCUAGAGAAAAGACUACAAUCAAGAUAUUUAAUGUUACUGUCUUUGUUGUGGUUGGUAAGACGGACGGAGUUAAGUCAUUGUCAUUGUCAGUGCUGGAGGGAGAUCCUGUCACUCUACAUACUGAUUCUGAAAUACACCAAGAUGCUCUGAUGCUGUGGAGGUAUGGUGAUAAAGGCAUGCUCCUGGCUAAAAUUGACUUUGAGACAAAUGAGACCUCACUAACCGAUGCUGAUGAGGGAUUCAAAGAUCGACUGCAGCUGGAUCAGACCGGAUCUCUGACCAUCACAAACACCAGAACCACAGACUCUGGACUUUAUGAACUACAGAUCAGAGGCAGUGAGAGCUUGCAGAGAUUCCUGGUUUCUGUAAGUGAUGCAGGUCUUUCUUCGAGUGUUAUAGCAGGAAUAGUUGUUGGUGUUAUUGUUCCUGUUCUGCUGAUCCUGAUUGCCUUUGUGAUCUACUAUCGCCGCAGGAUUUAUAAAUUAAAAAUGCAAAUGGUCGAAGAGAAGAAAGAGACAGUGACAGAGGGAGAAUCUAUCACUCUACACGCUGGUCUUACUGGAACACAGGGAGAUGUUACGAUGAAGUGGUGCUAUGAAACUGAUGACAAUCUCAUUGCUGAAAUUAAAAGAGGGACCAAAAGGACACAGGAGGGUGCUGAUGGGAGAUUCAGGAGCAAACUGAGGCUGGAUGACAAGACUGGAGAUCUCACUAUCAGUAACGUCAGGACCAUUCACUCUGGACUCUUUAAACUCAAGCUCAGCAGCAGAGCCAGAAAAACCAUCAACAAGAGAUUCAUUGUUACCGUCAAUGUGAAGUCAUUGUCAGCGACGGCAGGAGGUUCUGUCACUCUCCAGACUAAUGCUAAAAUACAGAGCGAUGAUCUGAUACUGUGGACGCUUGGAGCUGAAAACGUUCUCGUUGUUAAAAAAGAUUCAGGAACAACUACUGUUAAUGAGAGAUUCAGAGGCAGACUUAGGUUGGGCAAGACGACUGCAUCUCUGACCAUCACAAACCUCACAAAUACAGACUCUGGACAUUUUAAACUGCAGAUCAUCAACACUAAAAAGACCACAUUCAGGAGAAUCAACGUGACUGUCACCGGUUCCACAGGAAACCAAGUGAGUGAAUUAGAGACUGCAGUAAUGCUGCUGUCGGACGAUGUGGAUGGAGUGAAUGAGCAGGAAGAGACAUGGUCACUUCAAUGAAAUAAGACAUGCCCACCAGUGCGCCAACACUGACAUCAACAUUUGACCUCAACAAAUUUCUGCUUUUAUGAAAGUGAGAAACUUUUACUCUUAACACUCAGGAUGCGUGACACUUUCCCAUGAUCUGUAGCGCUGCAAUUACCAACCACUGGUAUUGGGAAAGUUUUUGAUUCUCCAAAAACGGUGCACAGUUCUUAAAAUAACCUGUUUUUAUUAAUGUGAAGAAUACUUUAAAGGGGUCG